AUGUCAUCAGAACCUUUGCAAAUUACGAAUGAUUCAUCAAAUCAAUUGAUAAAAAUGGAACUGAAACAAGGGCCCUUGGAUGGAAAAACUUCUUUCAAAACUUUGAUUGAUUUUUUUCAAAAGUUCAGGUUUAGAAGAAGCGGAAUAGUUGAAACAAUACCAGACCCACUGGAAGCAUUUUUGACAGCUAGUGAUAUCUGUGACGACAUACAAGAACCAAUUAAUUAUCAAAUUCUUAUUAAAACUAAGGAUAAAAGUAAUAGUAUUUGGAGAACAUGGAAACCCUUUUUUGGAUCUAGUAACUCAAAGAAAUUAAAUUCUGAUAUCAAUCACAAGUUCAACGAAGAAAGUUCAGAUAUUUUCAGUGGUGAAAAACCAUCAAAAUCUUGGAGAUCAAUGCUUAAAGAAUUAGUAAAAUUGAAGCAUUGGAGAAAUGAAUAUUUUGACCCCGCUCCUUUACAAACAUCAAAUUCAUGUAAUUCAAAAAGCGUUGAGGAGAACUUGGAUUUACCAAUGGAUACAACUAAAUCCAAAAGCCUUGGUAAAAACGAAAAGGAAGUAUUUACAUUUCCGAACCUUAAUUUCUGGCGAGGUUGGCGAAAUUAUAAAAUAGAACCAGCUGAUCCAGACUUAUUAAAAGCAGAUAUGAUUAACAAAUCUGUCAAAUUGGACGUUCCAGUCGAAGUGAAUAAAAAAGACGAAGGUAUUAUAGACACGGGUUUUGAUCCUUAUAGUCCAAUUUAUGAAUUACAAAGUUCCAGACCAUCACAAUUAAGAGUUUUUCAUCAACAAAAUGAUGGAUUCAAUUGGGAAUUACCAUAUGUUGAAAGGACUUCGAAAAAAAUGAAAGAUAAAUUUUUACCUAUAAAAACAUCUCCAUUGAAAACAAAUAUCAAUAAGAAGAAUAAUUUUGAAAAUAAUUUUGUUCCUUCAAAAUUCAAUCAAAUUUCAGAUUUACAUCAAUUUAAAGAAGCUAAAUUUAUUGAAUCUCCAAAUUUUAGAUUUGAUUUUGAAAAUAAAGAAAAUGAAAUCAAUCAAAAAGUGGGUAAAGCUGAUUCAAAAGCAGGUAAUGAAGAAUUUUUUUACGUUCAUAGUUAUCCACUAGUUUCUAGUGAUGGUUUGAAUUUUUAG